AUGUCCUCGCCCCUACUUACCGCUUCACCUACGGCGCCACCUUCAGCACCUAGCAGUACUAAGCAACCAGCAUUCGAUGAUGCCUGCUUUAAGACACCACUGCCUUUCAAUAGGAAACCUAGACGCGGUCGUGGAGCGACAUCUACAACGGGUGGAACUCGAUUGAAUGGAUAUCACUCGAGCGGAAGUACGCGAGGUGGACGUGUCGGACGUCCGAGCGGUACUGCUCGAGUGACAACACCAGCUCCACCUCCACCUUCGCCUAAAUUUGUACUACACGAUGUGAUAUGUCCACACACCGCAGCUUAUCUAGGCGCACUUAAUCUUCCCUUGUAUGCAUCAAUCAAACCAACUAAUGAUGCGAAGGAAGUAGUUCAUUGCGACGGAGAGAAACCAUCCACAUCGACAAACACUGUUAAGGAAGAGUCCGUAGAAGAUAGUUCUAAUCCUGGAUCGAGCCCAAAGGUCACUGUGCUCGAGAAUGGAGACUGUAAAGUAUUCAAAGAGGAAAUCCAUGAAGAAAAUAACGAGAGCGGGGCAGCAACAUCAGAAGGUCCAAAGGAAGUGAAAAAGGAGUCAACUGAUAGCUCGACCGACAGUUCGACAGAUAAACUUCCUUUUGUGGAAGAAAUGAUAUUUGACGAGUACUCAUUGUUAUUGUUUACACGUUUGUCAGAUGCACAGUUGUUCGAAAAGGAACUGGAAACUGUUCGGACCCGGGAAGAGCUGGAAAAGAAGCGAAUCGCUGCUGAGAAGGCCGCACGUAUCGAAAAAUUAAAGAGGAAGAUUCGAGCUAGGAAGCGUUUGAUCGAGAAAGCUGCACGUCUUCAACGUAAACGUCUACGAGCUCAAAAGCGUGAGAAAUUACGUCGAGAACGACGGUCGCAACACAGCGCGCUGAAAAAGACGAUUCGUGAAGCAAAAGCUCUUAAAAAAGCCGCUGCAGCUGCCGGACGAGUUGUCAUCGUCGACAAGGAACUGAAGAAACAGUGGAAGGCUCUACAGGCAGCCGAUUCUCGUCGUCGUGAAGAGAAAGCGAGAAAACGUGUGGAACACGAGGUUCGUAAGGAAGCGCGUCGUGCGAAACGAGACAAAAAACGAGGCCGUAAGCGGCGCAACGAUCCGAACAAGGCCACCGCCGCGAAAAAGGGCAAGGACACCGCCGCCGCCGGGGGUGGUCUGGCUAUUAUGCUAUCGGACCUUGAAGAAAGUUGUUCUUUUCGUAUUGACCUUGAACGAGCAUUUGAUGAUUAG